AGAGAGCGUGGCAGUGGAGAGAGAGAGUUUGGGCCGAACGCUGUUCAAGCACCACCACCCUGUCCUUCUGCCGUCGUCGAGUCGCCGCCGCCGAAUUCGUUCGUUGGCGGGGCCGCAUCUUUCCACCCAAGUCUUGUCUCGUCGCCCUCUUCCUCCUCCUCUUCUCCCGCCCUCUACUGGUGCUGGACGGGCGUGGACUGGAGAGCUCAUCCAUCCGGUCCGGCCUUGGGUCUGCUUUCUUCUUUUCUUGAAGUUGCCCUUCCAUGGCCACAUCCAAGGAGCAGGCUUCGAAGCAAUAUGUUGAAUUCGAGGAGAAGGUUAAGAGGACGAUAUAUAUCGACCAGCUUUCUCAUCGAGUUACAAGCUCGGUCAUUAAAGCAGCUCUUUCCCAGUGUGCAAAUGUCGUCAAAGUGGAGUUCAUUGUGAACUACACAAUCCCAUAUGAUAUCCCUUCGGCUGUGUUGGUGGAAUUGGAUGAUGAAGCACAAGCUAAGGCCGCUGUAGAAUUGAUGGAUGAUUUCCCAUUCAUAAUUGGUGGAAUGCCGAGGCCUGUAAAAGCUACCUAUGCAAAGGCUGAGAUGUUCCGGGAUCGCCCUCCUUGCCCUGGCAUUAAGAAAGAGUUCCUCUGGCUAAAACAAGGAGAUGAGGGGUAUGAAGCAAUGAAGAAAAUGAAACUCCUUACAAAGAGGCAAGAAGCACAGAAUAUGUCACUCAUCAAGAUUCAGUUGGAAGAGGAGAAGGAACUGGCAAAGCAGCAGCAGGAGUUACUUGAUGGAAACUGCAAGAAGUAUGACAUGCUCGAGAGUGUCAUGCAAAAUGGAGCCAUCAAGAACCUUGCACACCGUUAUGGAAUAAACCUCAAUGACUGAUCUGUCUUGACGAUCCAUGAAAAUGCUCCUAAGAGUACAACACGUGGUAUUUUGCUGUAGUGGGCAUAUCACUUUGUUUUGUCCUGGAGCAUUGAUAAGUGGUGUGAUAAUGUAAUAAUCCAAUCGCUAAUUGGAUGAACAGGUAUUAGUUGUGAUCCAGUAGGUGCAUCCUCCAUGCAACAUUGCCCCAGUAUUAGGAGCCAAUGACGGCAUCCUUGGUGUUACAGCUGUUCCUGCGUUAUGAACCAAUGAUGGCAGCCUUAGUAUAUCCAGUGCAGCCUUUUGUUUCUAUAUGUGGUAACAUCGCAUCGAAAGUAUUAACUGUUACUUUGGUUUGAUA